UGUGUGUGAUGCUGUUCUACAGCCGGUUCUAUGCUGAAGUGAUCUUGAUCAUUUACUGUACACUCAUUCAAAUUAAAGUCGUCCACGGUGACCAGAUGGAUCCCUUUGAUUGUCUCGCUGCAGAACGGAUCGAUCUAACGGAGGGUGUUCCAGAUCAAACACAACACACACCACCACCGGACAACAUCGCAGCAGUACGCGUUCGACCGUGGCCGCGAGCUGUUCCUCUUCCUGGACUUCCUGGUUUGGGGAGUUGUGUUGCGCGAAAAAAGGGUGUGCAAGCGUUGCUAUGGUUGUAGUAGCAUGCGGGCAGCAGCAAGUAGGCGGUGCAGUGAUGAUUGAUUAGUAAGUGUGAUUAAAAAAGCAAAACCGUGUGUGUGUGUGUGUGUUUUGAUGACUUAAAUGAUAGGGUCUGAACGGUGCGAAAGUAAAGCGUGUUAAUAAAACAAGGGUCACAAAUUCUUACGGUACAAAUUGGGUUCGGGCGCGCGCGUCAAAAGCCCCAAGUGAGCUGUGAUGAUGAUGUGCGGUGAAGUGACGCAACGUGUGCCUUCUUAUCGGGGCAUGAUGAGACCACGUCUGGCACAGCGGCGGCAAUAUUGGUGGUGGCAUUCGAUGGCAUUGCUUUGCCUUGGGACGCUGGUCCUCCGUAUCGGUGACGUCGCUGCAGCAAAAACUCCCUGUCCGUUGGUGGAGUCCGUCGAUAUUAGCAACGGCGUGGAGAAUGCAGACGGUUCCAUCGAGCUGGAUGGCGUUCGGUACGGGUCCAAUCAGUACUUUCGCGAUGCCAACUCAACCGUCCGCGGAUGUGUGUGUCUCGUGCGCCAGUGUCUGCACAUCUGCUGCCCAAUGGGGUCGCCCGAAGGGGAACCCUGUCCACCGGUGGCGCUGAACGUGAACUUCUCCAUGACUCCGGAUGGGACGGUGCACGAUGUGCGCAACCUGCUGGACAGCCCGAACUACCAUCUGCUUUACUUCAAUCCGGAAUGUUCGGGUUCAUUGCUAACACUACACGGGAAAGACUACAUCGUGCGAUCGGACGGAUUGCUGGCGUACGGUGCGUCGACGUACGACUAUCGGCACUACUGCUUGCAAGCCCAAGCCGGCGAACCGACCGCACUCGCCGGUUACUGUGAAAUGGUGGAUGUACUCGCGAUGCAUCGCAUGUACUCGAUCGGCAUCAUCCUGUCGCUUCCCUUCCUGGUGGCAACGUUCGUCGUGUACGCCCUGCUGCCCGAGAUGCAAAACAUCCCCGGCAAGUCGCUGAUGUGCUACGUGGCUUGCCUGACCGUCGGCUACCUGCUGCUGGCGCUGUUGCGCUUCAGCGUGUACAGCUACCGAUCGGGCUGGUGCGUCGCGACCGGGUAUCUGGUGUACGCGGCCCUGCUCGCCAGCUUCUUCUGGCUGAACGUGAUGGCGUUCGAUAUUUUCUGGACGUUCGGGGGCAGCCGGGGCCGGUCGAGCGAGCGGCGCAAGUUCCUGUACUACAGCCUGUACGGGUGGGGUGCACCGCUGGCGAUCGUGGCGCUUGUAGCCCUGCUGGACAACACCGAGUUCGUACACGAGUCGAUGCGGCCCCAGAUCGGUGCGGAGCAGUGCUUCGUCAGCACGGAGAUGCUGAUUGGGUUCCUGUACAUGUAUCUUCCCAUGCUGCUGCUCGUGAGUGCCAAUGUGACGUUCUUUGCCGUGACGGCGUACCGCAUCUUUCGCAUGGAGCAGGCGACCGCUUCCGCCCUGUCUGGGGAAUCCCGGCGCCACACCAAGUACGAGAAGGAUCGCAACAGAUAUAGUUUGUAUUUGCGGCUGUUUAUCAUCAUGGGCGUGACCUGGACGGUGGAGUUCGUUACCUGGCUGGUGCGCGAACCGUCCUGGUUGAUCUAUCUGGUCGAUAUCUGCAACUGUCUGACGGGCAUCUUCAUAUUCGUGCUGUUUGUGUGGAAGCAAAAGGUGAAGCAGCUGCUGCUGAAACGAUUCGGUUUCUCCCAGGCCUCCGCCAGUCGGAACGAUCAGCACACCAACAGCACCAUCAGCACGACGCGUACGACCGACCUGAAGGCAAACGCGGAGACGCGCCUGACGGAUGUGACUCACGGGAAUUGAUGGAAUGUUUACACAAUGGACGCGAGCACGACGCACCGACCGAGCGACCGACCGGCUGCAGCAGUUAAUGUAUUCGCGAAAACCGCGGGCUAAUGUACUGCCGUCUUCAAUUGGUGAUCGACCAUUGUUUCAUGUACGGAUGAUGAUUGACCAUUAGGCGUGCGAGCAUGGCCAUGAUCACCAACCUUAACUGGCAAUCAGUGCAAGUAUAUCGUUAUUUGCUUUUUUAUGGCACAUUUCGUCUGAUCUUUUGGGGAAGGUUUAAGUGUGUGUGUGUGUGUGGAGCGUGCGAAAUGAUGCAUCUUCGAUCACAUGACCUCAUUGUAUUGUAGGGCUUUCCUUUUCUGUCGAUAUCGGAUAAAGACUUUCUUCACAGAUAAACAGUCAUUGACUACAUCGUUUUGAAAAAAAGCAUUAAAUUUAUGAAUCCUUCCUCUUCUAUUUGGCUUAAUGUCCUAUAGGGACCUGUUGGCAUAUAUUGGCUUUUGAGACUUAAUUCAGUAUAACUUACCCGUAUAGUAAGUCCUUGCUACGAGGGGACGAUCCAUUCUAGGGUUGACCCCAUGACGAGCAUGUUGUUGAGUCGUACGAGCCGUACGUAAAAUAAUCGUUAAGUAUUCCAAAGUCACACGCAACACGAAUGGAAUAGCGAAUACUCAUGCAAAAACUGGUAAAUCGAUAGGAACAAUUCAAACUGUUGAAAUAUUUCACAGCUGCUUUGAAAUAUUUCAAAUCGAGUCGGUCGAGCAACAGUUUCAUCGAGUUUCAUUUAAAAAUUUAACUCCAACCGUCAUUUCCAAUCACGUUUUGGCGGGAGAUUUUGAUAAGAAGAACAACAAAUAUGCAAAAAUACUUACCUAAUUGUAUGUUUAACUGUAAUCGACUAAAUUAUAUGAAAAGUUACUUAACGAGCAUCAAGCAUUUGAACAAUAGUUAUUCGAAAAUAGCUUAAUGUAAGACAUUCGCAAUGUAAAUCAGUGUUAAUUCCUUGUACUCUUCAGAGUAGUUCUAUCUACCUCUCUAUAUCCAGAUUAAACUAUUCCAGUUAGAUACGCGAAGAAGUACAAGCGAUCGCACCAACAGCCACAAUGACUCACCAACAUGCAUGCAUUAAAGUGAUUCAUAAAUCUUGAUAUUUUCAACGCAUUAGGUAAACACAACCAUGCAGAGCCAGAUAACAACCAUCUGUUGCUAGUGUGCGCUCUUUACAUUCUGUAUAUUUUGGUAUGUUUUGUGCGGUAUCGUCGCUGGUCGUUUGAAUUCAACUACAAAACUGCUUUGUACGUUUUGAAAUAGUGUAUGUUUAGUUUACGAAUUUUACAACAACACAACGUGUAAAGAGUAUUGCAUCGAUACAAGAGAUAGUAGUAUUGUGUUAAGCCGAAGAAUAAAUCUUUAAUUGUUCAAUGUCAA